UGUUGGCAGUAGACAACGUAUUGUUUCUUUGGCUCUGGAGCCUGAGCCACCGAGGGUGGUUAACUGGGUGGUCCAAAGUGACGAGUCUACUGGUAGUGGUUACGUUGUGUAUUGGUUAUCAGAAUUAUUGCACUACUGGGUUGCGGUGUCCUCAAGUAUUGUGAUUGAAGGAUUUGUUGACAAUCUUUAUGGGGAUGGUUUGAAGCUUGAAACACAGUUUUUGAAUGGAAAGCCUAAGUUAAUUUUAGCACCUUAUGAUGUUUCAUCAAAAGGAACUAAGAAGAUAAAGUACAAGAACAGGACAAUACAUCCGCUGAAGUCAAAACAAAUUUUACAAGUUGCUUCAUCUCAUGAGAAUAAUUCUAAGACUGAGAAGCCUUUGUUGAAAACUACUGUAACCAACACUAUUGUUGCACCUGGGAAAGGAGAAAGUACAGAACCAUUGAUUACAGAUAAAAAGGCAGACAACAAAACCAAAAAUAAUUGUGAAACAACUCCCAAAAAUGGGCAGCCUGGAACUAAAACUACUGUGAAGAAACUUGGCGUAACGAAGCAACAGCCACCAAAGAAACAAAAGAUCUCCUCUGAAGAGUUGAGAGAGAAUUUGGUUUGUCUGACCCAAGAGCAACUUCAACAGAUUUUGGCAUCUGUAAGCCAAGCAAAUAAAACUUCCAACCAAAAGCAGGAAAGAGACAAAAGUACAAAAGCAGGUAAAGGAGUUAAAGAAAUUGAAGCCACAGAUAAGGAGCUUAAAAAGGGUGAUAAUCCAAACUUGCUGAAUGGAAUUGGCUGCAGCAAUAAUGAGGCCUCACGGGAGAAUAGUUCAUGCCAAGAACCACAAGUAACUAAGACAUCUGGAGCAAAUGUUGAACAAGCAAACAGUGUACAAACUGAAAACACGGGUAAUAAGGAGACUUCAAGCAGUGCAACCAACCAAACCAAAGAUGGUCUUUUUGGAAACCUUGGAGAAAGAGAAAAUGCAAAAGAUCAGCUGGAGGCCAAGAGAAUCCAGUGGAAGAAGGAAUUAGAUGAGCAGGUGGCUUUAAAGAAACAGUUACAAGAACGUAAUGAAGCUUCAGAGUUUUUGGAAUGGAAUCCAUGGGGAAGGCGAGGUGCAGGGACACCCAUGCAAUCCAACACAAAAAAAAUACUUGAAACCUUAAAAGGAAAGGCAAGUAUAACUGCUGCAUCUGGCCUCUAUGCUGAUAGUCGAGUGAUCAGCACUGCCCCAACUGUGACAAAUGCUUCAAAUACAGAUGUUCCUUCAGAUGGUACCAUUGGAAAAGCUUCCAGCUUUAGUUUUCCAGAUUUGCCUGCCGCCAUUCGUUCAGCCUUUGUCCUUGGGGAAAUUUCACCCCAAGACCAUCUUUUCAGUGCAAUAAAACGUGAACAGCAAAAAAAGUGGCUCCAAGAGCUUGAUAAACAAAGAGAAGAAGAAAAAAAUAGGAAGCUGAAAGAAAAGCUAAAAUAUUCAGAGGGUGAUCAUCACAGCAGAUGGGCCAUGCACUUUGACUCUUACCACAAAAAAGCACACCAGCAAACUCCAGUUUCUGUCAAUGUCCUUGGAUCAACACUGGAAACAUCACCUGCAUCAGGCAAUCAGCAACCAAAUAUAUUGAAAAUGCAGCAGUUCCCUGCACUGGCAUCUCCUCUACUUGGCCAACACAACUCUUCUGCUGGAGAAGAUAUGGGGUUCAUGGUUGGUGACACAGGUUCUGAUUUGUCCAACAAACAGAAGUCAAGCUUUCUGCGAUCUAUGACUGCGUUAUUGGACCCAGCUGAGAUUGAGGAAAGAGAUAUACGGCGAAAAAAACAACUAGAACAUCAAAAAGCCAUAGCUAUUCAGGUGGAGGAGCGGCGUAGACAGAGACAACUGGAAGAGGAUCACAAACGAAAAGAAGAACAAAAAGAAGAACUUCGUCUGGCAAAAGAGAGAGAAAGGUUGAGACAACAAUAUGAGGAAGAAACUCGGACACAAAGAGAAAAAGAAGAACUUCAUAAUCUUAAAACCAGUUUGCUCUAUGAAACUGUGCAGAAGGCACAAGAAGAAGCAAAAAGGCAGAAACAAGAACAGCGCAUUAAAAACUUGGUGCGCAAAGGACAUGACAUUUCAAAUUUGCAGAACAAUGUGGAAGGCACUGUAUGUGAGAUGGGCUCCUGUGCAGCACCUAGUAAUCUUGUUCGUGAAGCAAUUAGUGAGGAACUGGGACAAACCUCGAUAAUAGAGGAAUCUUCGAGAAAAGACAGAGGUAUCCAGACUGAGGAAUUUGAGUUGAAUGGAAAAAUUGAGUGUGGUAUACAUGACGUUCGAAUUAUAGACCAUGGUCAGGUAACCACUACAUCAGAUGCAGCUACAGAGCAUAAUGAAUUCAACAAUAACCACACCAAAAAGAAGUCAAAAACAAUUGAAAAGAUGACUGUAACUGGAAAAGAGAAUUGUUUACAAUCUGAUGAUCUAUACAAUCAGUUUGCAAGAACAAAGAAGGGAAAAAAUGAGAAACGGCCAGAAUGGAAUACAAACAAAACAACUAAAAGGUAUAUCCCUGCUUCACAACGAUACCCUAAAGGUUUGCAAAUGGAGAGGGAAGAGAAAAAAAUGAAAAGGCAAAUGGAGAUGUUGCAAUUGUUGGAAAAGAAUGCUCCAGAUCAAAGAUCUAAGAAAAAGCAGACUUCAAAAGAGUUGUCAACAGAAAGACUGCCUUCACCAGUGGUGCCAGCACUACAGGCAAAGAUGUGUACAUCAUCCCAGCCUGUAGAAAAGCAAGGGCUAUCUGUUUUGAGGAAGGAAGAACCUAGCAAGAAGAGCAACUCCAGUAACAAACUACCUGUUGACAAAGUUUACAGUUGUGGAUCUCCACCAGUUCCAGCACUGAGAAACAAACAGUUGCAAAUGGAGGAGGAGCUACCAGCAGUUCAAAACGUUAAUCCAGGUGCAUGGUACCCAUGGGCUCCACUUGCAAAGGAAUCAGAAAAUGACGGACCAUCAUCAUUCAACUUUGUUCCUUAUGUGCGCACGGAUGAAGUGUAUCAUUUGGACCCUGAUGCUCCAAUGUCAAGGCCUUCAACAGAUGACCCACAGUAUAAACGUUGCAGUGUUACGGAUCACUUGCAGCAUCAAAGCUAUAGUUUUGACCAUACUAGAGAUCCUCUUCUCAACCCUGAUUUGCUGAGAAACCGGGAGCGACAGCAAGCUAUUCUCAAAGGCCUUUCAGAACUUCGUCAAGGUCUAAUGCAAAAACAAAGGGAAUUGGAAACGGCCAGUCCUAUGCAUCAGGAGGACCAAUCAUCGGGACCUUUACAACAUUCGUGAUCAGUUAGAAAUUCUGCACUUGCCCUCCAACUUCCCAGGCUGCUAAAUGAUAUCCUAAAACAAAAUUGUGUUAAUGGAUAAAAUAGUCAAAGCACUUUGAUAUAGUACUAGGAACCUGUAGCCUGUUGAAAAUUAUUGCAGCUAUGUUUCUUUUUUAAUAUCUAAAAGCUCUCAAUUUAAGAUUAUAUAAAAGAAACUCCCAUUGAUGGAUGGGAUAUUAUAUGAUGAGGUCUGUCAGGAAGUUAGGUUCUGUUACUUCAUUCUACAAGAACUACCCUUUUUCAAAGCACUUUUGAGCAUUUCAAAGUUCUUCAUGCACAAUAUUUUCAUACAGGAAAGGUUUUCAUUGUUAGCAGAAUCCCAUAAGCUGAACAGAAGUUGAAGCAGCUUCAUGGUGCGUUUUUAAUUGCUGACAGCUACUGGAGUAGUUGGAUAUUUUGGGAAAAUUGACAGCUUACAAGACUUCUGUUUAUGCCUACGCAAGUUCAUAAUAAUUGGUGAAAGGAACUGAAGUAAACUAAAUUGCUUUCAUAUAUUUUGUUCUUGUAUCUAGGAAGUGCUGGCAAGAUUGGUAUGCUUAUUGGCAAGGUUUGGACAAUGUUGGAUCACUAUCCUGAGCUGCUACAGUGCUUUGUUUCAAUAUACCCACACUUUUGUUAGAGUGCUCCUACUAUACUAAAAGCAGGAUUACAUUUGUAGAAGUACAAGAGCAGGGAAAAUUUUAUUUCAAAUCAAUUGUGGUAAACUGUGUCCAUUUGUGGUAAAAUGUCUGAUGUGGUUCUUUAGUUUACAUAACUACAGCUGAGUGUGGCAAUAGUAGAUUUGAAAUGAGGAAAAUUUGCAUCUUAAAGGCUUAUCUCUUGUUUUAGGGCAAAUUAACCAGACAGUGAUGUGAUACAGUUUAUGAAGGGACUUUAAGAAAAAUCAAUUGCUAAAGUGUAUUUUAAAAACACAAAUUGAGGUGUUUUUUUAAGAAAAAGCUACCUGGAAAUUUUUUAGUUAAAUUUUGCCAACUAGUUUUAUAGUUUUAUUUAAAAAAAAACUUCAAUUGUGUAAUUAGUGUUUUAUUUAUGAGAAGUAUUGUUUUUAACUCUUCAAAUAAAGUGCCAAUGAUUUAAAAGCACCCAGACAUUACAGCUGUAAUUCUAGAAGAUUUAUUAACUUUUUCCACCUUCCUGCUUUGUUGAACUUUUCUACUUUUACCAGUAGUAGGCAAUCUUUAUCAAAUGGGAACUAAAGUAUUGUACAACUCAAAGUGGAAGUACUUUAAAACAUUCUGUCUAGAAGGUGGCAAAAAAAUGUAAUACACUGGAGAAUACAAGGUACAUGGUUGCUUCUAAAUUUUAACAUUAGCCUAAUGUGAUGGUGGCCACAUCACAUACUACCCAGGCUUGGGCAUUGUUUCAUGGGUCAAACUUAGAAUUUACCUAAUGCCACUGGAAUUCUACCUACUUCAGCAGAAUCCCAAACAAGCAAAGCUCUUUCAGCUGGUGGUCAGACACUAAAGUGGACCAGUUAUUCUGCAAACUGUUAGUUAAUAGUACAGCAAAGGAAUGGAAUUUAUUCCCUCCUUCCUUUUCUGGACAUAAGGAACAGUACAGGGCGCAAUGGAAUACAGUUAAAUUGAGAUGGCUUCCAAACUCUGCUAUUAAGUCUGAGUUACUAGUCUAGUAACAUUACUGAUGAUUGAGACAAGUUUUGAAUUAUGAACCAAUGAGUAGGUUACACAGCUGCUUAAGGUUGCUUUGCUAUUUAAGAUCAUGGCUGGUCCCAGUAAUUUAACUCAAUUCUAGUCCACCAGAGUAACUGUUCACCACCUACUUCUGCCUUAAAAAUAUUCUAAGACUGCUUCCACUUCCUUUGAGGCAGAAUUUUUUUUUGUCUUAACGGCAAUCCUUUGGUAAAUAGCAAUCCCUAGU